GGAAGGAGAGAGAGGGAGAGGGAGAGCAGGAGAGAGGUAGUCGGAGAUGCUCACUCUCGCUCUCACUCCCACAGCCGGUGGCAUAGAGGUCAGUUGUAGCAGAGCUGUAGAACACAGCCCCGGUCCAGCGGCUGGGGCACUGGGACUAGCAGAGCAGCAGCAAGGCCAGACAGCAUGUCCGACUCCAGGGCCAACGUUCAGUCCAAGAAGGCGGGCAUCCGGGCCGCUGUCAUUCUCAUCGGGCUGCUGCACAAGUCCAGGCGACACAAGGAGAGGCAGAAGGAGAAAGAAAAGGAACGGAAACAAGAGCUGCUAACUAUCUCCAAUGUACCUCUCGGAGAAUGCCCACCUUCACCGCCCCACACUGCACCACCCACAAUGAAAUCUGCAGAGUUCUUUGACAUGCUGGAGAAGAUGCAGAUACCAAAAACCGAGGACACUAAGAAGCACAAGGAUGACUACAUCCCUUAUCCCCGGAUAGAAGACGUCCUGGAGAAGGGGGGCCCUUACCCCCAGGUCAUCCUGCCCCAGUUCGGUGGUUACUGGAUCGAGGAUGUGGAGGCCCCAGUGGGCACACCCACCUCCUCUGACAGCAGCUUCUGCGAAGAAGAGGAGGUCGAAGGCACCGGACACGCUGGAGGUGGAGGAGGCUUCGGUUACCGGCUCGAGAGCAAAAGUACAGCGCGAGCGUACCGCAAACACUUCUUAGGCAGGGAGCACAUGAACUAUUACUGCACAGGCAGUAGCUUGGGGAACCUUAUCAUGUCUUUAAAACACGAGGAGGUCGAAGGACAGGAAUUCCUUCGCAUCAUGCUCAGGUCAAAGAUGAAGACCCUUCAUGACAGGAUCCCAUUGGAGGGACUGCCACAGCUGCCCAGUGUGCCCCAGAUAGCCAAGCUGCUUUGUGAUGAUGCCAUGGGUCUGAAGUUCAAUCCAGUCCUCUACCCUAGAGCCUCUCAACUAAUAGUCAGCUUUGAUGAACAUGAAGUCAACAACACGUUCAAAUUUGGGGUCAUAUAUCAGAAGUUUGGGCAGACGUCAGAGGAAGAGCUGUUCGGGAAUAAUGAAGAAACGCCAGCUUUUGCAGAGUUCCUCUGUGUUCUGGGAGAAAGCAUAGACCUGCAAGACUUUAAGGGGUUCCGGGGGGGUCUGGACGUGUCUCAUGGACAGACUGGCUCGCAGUCUGUCUACACUGUGUUCUGCCACCGUGAGAUCAUGUUCCACGUCUCCACGAAGCUCCCCUUCACAGAGGGAGACGUCCAACAGCUGCAGAGAAAGAGGCACAUCGGGAAUGACAUCGUGGCUGUGGUCUUCCAGGACGAACCCACGCCGUUCGUGCCAGACAUGAUCGCUUCCAACUUCCUCCAUGCCUAUGUGCUGGUGCAGGUGGAAAACCCAUGCACUGAGCACACCACCUACAAGGUAUCCGUCACAGCACGAGAGGACGUGCCCAUGUUUGGCCCGCCUUUGCCAAACCCAGCCAUGUUUAAGAAGGGCCCAAAGUUUCGGGAGUUUCUGCUGACGAAACUCAUCAAUGCGGAGAAUGCUUGCUAUAAGUCGGACAAGUUUGCCAAGCUGGAGGGGAGGACGCGGGCGGCGCUGCUGGAUAACCUGCAUGACGAGCUGCACAGGCAGACUCAAGCCACGCUAGGACAGGGUGUAGUUACAGACGAGGACAAGCUGGAGAACGGAGGACAUGGAGGCCUGCUGGAGUCUUUUAAGAGGGCCAUGAGGGUAAGGAGUCACUCCAUGGAGAUGAUGGUGGGCUCUCACAAGCACAAAGCAGCAGCAGGGGGAGGUGUUCCUUCCAGCGUGAGCGGGGGUGUGCUCCCCCAGAGCAGCACGGAGUGCACCAAGAGCACCUUCACGCCUCCAGUACUGUCAGCCAAGUCACCCCUGAAGAGUCCUGUGAAACGGCGUUCUGGGCUGUUUCCAAGAUUACACUCCAGCACAGAGAGUCCCACUGAGAAACAUACGCCUCGCAGUGAUCAGAAAACAGUAGACGCAUUGCCACAAUCACAGGAAGUGAGGUCGGAGACUUCGUCUAAUCCAAGUUCACCAGAGAUCUGCCCACACAAGGAGAGGCCAUUUGUGAAGCUGAAAGAGUGCAGUGGAAGGGCCAACAUGUCCCGCUCAUCCUCCAGCACUAGCAGCUUUGGCAGCACGGCCGGAGAGGGAGAGGGCCUGGACGAGCUGGACACGAGCAGUCGCCCAAGUUUGGCUUCGUCUGCUGGGUUCGGCCCCUCCCUCAGCGUAGAGAGCCAGAACUCUGGAACCCCACUCAUUAUGUGCCGCAGUCCUACUGAUGGGAAGAUUAAAACCUCACCCAGGUCAAACCUGAAGUUCCGUUUUGACAAGCUGAGCCACUCAGCCACAGGGCAUUAAGAGAAUUGGGAGUCACAGUUGCAGAGCAGGCAGUGGGGCUUAAUUGGCGCCAAGAGACUUUUGAUGAUUUUUAAAGAAGAAAGGAACCAUCUGCUGUAAGCAACGCGACCACCUUCAUCACUGCUCACACACCCUUUUGUGCUGCAACCUGAACUUGCGCAUGCGUGCGCGCGUGCACACACACACACACACACACACACACAGACAGACAGACAGACACACACACACACACACACACACACACACACACACACACACACACACACACGCACACACAGAGACAGAAAAAGGAGCGAGUGACACAUGGAUGCCAAAGCCAGAGUCUCAGAGGAGAGGUGUUGUUUUUACAUGUGCUGUACAAAUGUGCGAAAGCUUCUCUCUACGAUGUCUACAAAGCCAUGUCCACUCUAAUGCUGCUUCUCAUCAAACAGGUAGCUUAUAGAUAUGCCAGCUUCCUGGAACACUUGAUUCAAUAUUUCACAAAGAGCCAGUUUCAGUUCAUCAGAUAAUUCAGUACAAGUGCAUAGAUGGUUUGGAAUGCAGAUGUGCGAGACUGAUGCUAACACUAUAUAUUUGUGGUGUACUUUGUGAUUUCUGUGGGUUUCAUACUUUUACAUGCAUUCAUUGCAAUGAUUUGGUAUAAAUAAGGAGGGAGUCCUAAGAUGCUCAACCUUUCAAGAGAGUUAUGGCUCACUCUGUUCAAGCCAUAGGGCAUAGUGAAAAGGGCUGGGUUAAGACUGCUGUUUCCUGGUAUAAGCUUCAUUUUCAGUGUGCUAGUUUCUUGUUCCACCAACUUGCCUAGUAAUCUAGUGACUUUAUACUUACAGUGCGCAAGCAAUUCUGUUUCCUGUUAAACUCAACAAUAUUAGUCAAGGACUAAUAUUACAGUCUAAGGUACUUCAGUAGAAGUGGUGCAUGUGUUCUUUAAGUAUCUGAGGUGGAGAUUACACACAGUAGUUCUGAUCCAGUGCUUUUUCUGUCUCUGUUACUCUGUUUUGCUGUUUCUCUAUAUGUUCAUCCAGAGUUUGGUACACAGCCCUCCUGUAUCUUCCAGCAGUCUUACACAGAGUUGGAAGCAAUUCCUAUGUUUUCCUUAAUUUCCUUGCAAGACAAAUAUCAGUCAGACUUGUGAGGUGAGACAAAUGAGAAAAUGUAAUAUAAAUGCUGGAUUUAUUGUUGUAUUCAAAUAAAGAACACUUGUGUUCUGGAAAUUCAUAGAGCAUAAGCUACCAGAAGACCCCGACUUUUCUGUGAGGCGGAUUCUCUCUACACUGCUUUUUAUUCAUAGUUUCACCGUUCAUUCUCCAUUUCACUGACUUGAAUUGUACAUAAACCAAAAACUUUCAGUCCCACAGUACAUUGUUCAUAUGUAAAAACAAAAUUGUGACAUAUGAAUGAGAGAGCCAUGUUUGGCUAUUGGUUGUCUUUAUAUCAUAAGUAAAGGAGAAUCUUGCCUAAAGAAGAAGUCACUGAGUAAUUCUGAAGCAGUCGUUACACUUGUGCAGGUCUUUGCUAGGCGCCAAAACGCUUUCCAUGUAGCGAGAGCUUGUAGCCAGUUUGAGGCCUCCUGAGCUUAACACUGAGGCAACAGUGUGUCUCAGUAUGUUUGCUUGCUUUGUGUAGUUUGCAAAGGGAUAUUUUAGAGCACCUGUGUGAACAGAGAGAGCGUGGAACAGCUGAACAUAUUUGUUUGUUUCUUUGUUUGAUAGUGAAAGGGGCUGGUGUAUCAACAGCAGGUCAUUUAUACUGACAUAAUUUAUUGCUUUUAAACCUUGUGUCAAUGUCAUGUAAAAUUGCAGUGUAAAAGAGUUAAAUAAUUGCAGAUAAUUUAAGAGACUAUUCAUGUAUAUGUAUAUUUGGUUAUGUAAUGUGCCAUGGAGAAUUUAUUAUGAAAUAAAAUGUUGUAUUUUGUGUCA